ACCCAAUCAUUACUUUACACCUACAGCUAAUCACCGUCCCAUCUGUCUCUUAGCCAUAAGCCUGCCGAGUGCCAUGGCCAUUUCUUUCUUCUCUCCAAUCCCUCCCAAGCCUCCCUUCUCCCUCUAAACCCUUCUCCUUCUCUCUUAUGUCUCUAAUUUCUACUUCACAGAUCGCUCUCCUCCAUGGCGAUUGUUACCGGAGAUCGAUACCUUGAGAAGCUCGUCCAUUUCGUCGAACACCAAGCGGGCCCUUUGAUCGAGGGCUCCUUAGUUCUUAAGCUUAAUCCUGCUGGUCUUCACUACGUGCAAUCCAGGCUCGAGGCACUUCACGAGCUCGAGAAUCUUCUUUCUGGUGCGCCUGUUGACUAUCUUCGCGCUUACGUUUCUGACCUUGGAGAUCACCGUGCACUUGAACAGCUCCGUCGUAUUCUUAGGUUGCUUACGUCGCUUCAGGUUGUUUCUGUUUUGCCUCCUCCUGUUCGUGAUCCUACGCCGCUUUCUUUGCUUCCUUUUGGGAGAUUGAAGGUGUUGGAGCUUAGGGGGUGUGAUUUGUCGACUUCCGCGGCUAGAGGUUUGCUUGAGUUGAGACAUACUUUGGAGAAGAUCAUUUGUCACAAUUCAACUGAUGCUCUACGUCAUGUGUUUGCAAGUAGGAUUGCUGAGAUAAAGGACUCUCCACAAUGGAACCGGUUGUCCUUUGUAUCAUGCGCAUUUAAUCGAUUGGUUCUGAUGGAUGAGUCUUUGCAACUUCUUCCUGUGGUUGAAACUCUUGAUUUGAGUAGAAAUAAGUUUGCAAAGGUGGAUAAUCUGCGGAAAUGCACCAAAUUGAAGCAUCUGGACCUUGGGUUCAAUCAUUUGAGAACAAUUACACCCUUUAGUGAGGUCUCCUGUCUUAUUGUUAAACUUGUUUUGAGGAACAAUGCUCUAACUACAUUACAUGGGCUUGGAAAUUUGAAGUCACUCGAAGGGCUUGAUGUUUCCUACAAUAUUAUUUCCAAUUUUUCGGAGCUUGAGUUCCUUGCAAGCCUCCCAUCUCUACAGAAUUUGUGGUUGGAAGGAAAUCCAUUGUGUUGUGCCAGAUGGUAUCGUGCACAAGUAUUCAGCUAUUUUGCUUAUAUAGAUACAUUGAAGUUGGAUGACAAAGAAAUCAGCACAAGAGAGUUUUGGAAGAGGCAAAUUAUAAUUGCCAGCAGGCAGAAGCGACCUUCCAGCUAUGGAUUUUAUUCUCCUGCAAAAGAUGAUGCUGAAGGAGAGGGUAACAUCAUCAGAAAAAGGAGAAAAGUAUCUCGACUUGCUGCGAUUGAAAGUGAAGACGAGAGCAUAUACUUUUCUUCUGACCAGGAGUCACCAUCAUGUGAUAAUGAUAUUCAAAGCAAAGAGGAGAACGUCUUGUCUGAUGAUGAAGCUGAAAUAGUUGAUUUGAUUAACAGAGUUGAACUCAUGAAGAGAGAGGAUUCUACUCUUUGGUUGCGGGAAUUUAAAGAGUGGAUGGAUCAUGAAUCUGAGAAUUCUGUGGAUGGGGGUACGCAUGGCAGGGCCACAUUGUAUCAUAUGAAGGAAAAUCACCUGAAAAAUAAGAUGAACCAGAAGCAUCAUGGUGAAAGUUCAAGAUAUGCCUUGAAUUCUUUUCAUGCCUCAGGAAAUGAAAGUAGUACAAAUGGCUUGGAAUCUGAUGCUUCCUUUGUGGAUAUGCCUUUACCAGGCAUGGUAGGACCAAGACAGAAGUAUAAAAUAUCUGAUUCACAUGAAGGUUUAAUCAUACAAGGAGACCAUAGAGUUAUUAAAAAUGGCAGAUUAUCACCAUUGACUGCCAUAGAUGAUACAACAGAGUCUCAUUCCUCCUCUGCUCAUCCUGGGUCCCCUCCCCAUUAUCAGGUGGACAUUCUGCAUCGGCGUCACAAUUUAGUGGAAGAAAUUUUGCAGCUAUCUGCUGAGUCCUAUUCAGUGGCUUCUUCUGAUAGUGAUACCAGCUACAGUGAAGAUGAUAUAUGUGAUUAUGGGCAUGUAGUACAUGAAGAUCGAUCACAGAAUGAAGAAUACUUGAAUUUUAGUAUUGGAGUGCACUCAUCUUCAAAUCUCUAUGAUGAAAAUCUUUAUGAUCAGAAAUAUGGAAUUCAUCAUUUAAGGGAUAAUGAAAGGUUUUUAAAUUCAAAUGGACUUGAUUUUCCUGCUGUUCCUAGUGGUGGUGAAAUUGCUCAAUUUGCUGAUGAAGAGGCGGAUUGGGUGGAGAAGACAAAAAGUAAAAGGAAACUGAGAAGAAGAAUUAUUUCACUAUCAGAGAAUGGGGUUGACAAGACAGGGACAUCAGAAAGACCAAGUGUUGAAAAGGAUACUUAUGAAACUGAUGAAGAUGAGCAAAGGAAGCAAAUUGUUGAUACCAGCAAUUCUCAUGACAUUAUUGAUAAGAAAAAGUUGCAGAAAAAUGCAAUUAAAACUCCAGCAGUUGCAAAUAUUGGUAGAGUUUCCGAUGAUUUUAUUGAGAAGUAUUUUAAUGCAAAUGUUGCAGAUUCCAGAAUUAAUGAGACCUGUAGGCAUUAUCUGCAUUGUGAUUGUGUAAUUGAGCCGGAAUCCUUGUACAGAGAAAGAGAAGUAGCUUUAUUGCUGAGCAGUGCAAACAAGUUGUAUGUACUACUAGUUGGUGUAGCAUUUGAUGGGUCAGGAAAUAUUUUGAGUUUGCUGGGUUGGCACAAGGUUGAAGAUGUUAAAGAAGUUUUGGUUGGUGUAGGACUUCAGGUCAUGAGGGUGUACAUUGAGAGGGGAGCAACCUACCUGUUUCUAACAAGGAGCAUUGAGAAAUCAAAGCAAUUACUUUGCACGUUACAAAUUUUUGGUCCAUUUGCAAUGAAUGAUAAAUGCAUAUUAAGAAGUUUGGAGCAGGUUCAGGUUGAGUUGUUUGAGAAACAAAUAUGCGGAGGUUCAAAAAUAAGCAUAUUCCAAUAUGCUAUGGUGCUUUUUAGGCACAAAGAUGAAGAGGAAUCAUGGCUUUCAAGAUCACUGUUUGUAAGUGGAGCACAUGUUUUUGUGUGUGUUGAAGAACUUAAGCAGUUCACCUUUCCUUCAGUAGAUGCAUCUUCCUCCCCAUAUUUCUCCCUAGAUUGGUGUUGCUGCAUCAGUGAUGUAUCUGAGCUGGUCAUUGAGAACAAGGAGAGUCCAUGUGUAACCUUAAUUCUUGAGCAUGCUACAACAAAAUUCUGUUUCUCGUCAAAGGCUGACGAGUAUGCAACCAUUGAUAAGGAAAAUACAGCCAGCUCUUUGAUAGGGAAGCUCAAGUGGUUCUCUGAAGAGAGUCUAUUCAAUUUUGUGGCAUUGUUGAAGGCAAUUCAUUCAGGGAUAAAGACGUCUCCUCUGCUGAUAACACGCUUGUCGUGAGAAUCAUCGUAUGUGUAUUAUUAGUAGUUUCAUAUUCAUUUCAUUCUUUUGGUGUCGGCUUUCAUACCCCCUUCCCUUUCUCGAUUUAAUUGAUUUAGUUUCAUUUAUCUUUAGUGUGGCAAUUCAAUAGCUUUCUUUGCUUGUGAUUUUUUUUUUUUCUCUAUUCUUUCAGUAAUCAAGUUUCUAUUGUGUACAAAUUGUACAGUUCAGAACAUGAAAGAAAAUUAAGAUUGGUUGGUGUUA